UAUCGAGAGGGGAUAAUGCAUACAAACGUGCCUGUAUACAUGUGCGCUCCGAUUAAGUUCAGAGCGCACAUGACAUGGGCACGUUUGGGUGCGUCAUCUCUUUUCAAUACUACCAGUGCUACUGGUUAAAUCGCCGUGAUGUAGAAAAGUGUUUGAACUUGUUCAGACGUGAUCUGUGAUUUUUUGUUAUUGUAUAUACUUUGGAUUGGAAAAGUUAUAAAAUUUAAUAUUUAAACAUCCAUUAGUGGAAUAUUUGCCUUAUCAGGUUCCUGGAGUUAUAAAUUAAGAGAGAAAGUGAGAGAUAAUAGACGUACAGAAGAGAAUUUAAUUGAAAUCAGUAUGAUAGAGAUUACAGCAAAACUCGUUCGUGGUCCUGUAUAUUUCUCCGGAGAAAUUAUAGAAUGUUUGGUUACUUUCACCAACCCACCAAAUCCUAUACAUCAGAUAUCACAAAGUCACAGUGAUCUGUUUGAAAGUCUUGCUUGGGCAAGUGCACAAGUCCAUUGUCAAUGUUCGACAAAUAGUAAAGCGGUGUUCUCGGAGAAAAUAAAUACCACAGCUCGUUCAGUGGCAAUCAAUGCAAAUACUACAUUUGCACCAUGGCAACAAGACAAUGGACACGUAGUAUUGAAUACUAAGCCGAAGAUCUUGUUUUGUGACUUAAGAUUGUCACCUGGUGAAAAUAAAACUUACAUCUACCGUGAAACAAUACCUAGUGAUGCUCCACCAUCAUACAGAGGACAAGCUGUAAAAUAUUCUUAUAAGAUCACAAUUGGAACGCAAAGAGUGAAUACAGCCAUAAAACUAUUACGCGUACCUUUUAGAGUGCUAUCUUUGAGUGAAUUGCCAGAAAUAAUGGCAUGCAAUGACAGCGUAGAUUUGAGUCCAAAUAAUCCGUUCAUGGAAACACAGCACAGAGAAACUCCCUUAGAUAUUGCUUUACAAACGCUGCAGAAUUUGACAGCCAGACGCAGCCCAAAUUUCUAUAAUGUAACGAAUGGCCGUGGCCGUGUGGUACGAUUCUGCCUCUUUAAAAACUCUUACAAACUCGGCGAAGAUAUAGUCGGGACGUUCGAUUUCUCGAACGCGACCGUGUCGUGCGCUCAAGUGUCUGUGUCUUUGCAAUCAGAAGAACACGUUUCUGAAGAGUACAGACGCGGAAAGGCUACUGCGCCCACUCUCGUCAGCUACAACAAGCAUCAUGAAAUGUGCCUGGGUCUUAAGUACUCGCAUUUGGUACUACCUAUACCACUGCACGUCACGCCAGACUUCACCACCGAUUUGGUGACACUCAAAUGGCGACUGCACUUUGAAUUUGUCACAACGCCAAAGCUAGUGGAGAUGCCAAACGAGAGCACUACUAGUUGGACGGGACCGUCCACGUUGGACGUCGAGACGAUGAUCUGGGAUCUUCCGUUACACAUUCAUCCCACCACCACGCCGCCCAAUACGGCGCAGCAGACAAAAUAUAAUAUAAUUAUUUAGCCACUACAGUAGUGGCUGUGUUAAGUAUGCGAUAGGAAAGAAUUAUUUGGACGUUCCGACGAUGGACACGUUACGAGAACGACGUAGCAGUGCUCUGAUAAUGGACUUCGUGCGAUAUGAUAGGACACGAUAGGAUACGAUAGGAUAUUUUGGAUUUUGUGCAGUAGUUCCCGUUUCGAAGCAGAAAGAUAUUUUCGUACGUUUAUAUAUCUGUAGGUAAGUCAUUUUCAAUGACAAAAUACAAAUCAUUCGAUGAUAGAAAUCGAUCAUGUUUGUUUUUGUGCAUCGUCUAUGAUCGCAAUUUCAAACUUAUCGAUCUGUGAAAUUUCGCGAUAGCAAUUAUGACUGUAUUGACAAUGGAACAGUGACACACUGCUUUUUAAUUUCCUGAUUGUGGGGGUCGCCGGCAUUCAGGAUAAUGGUUCCUAAAAACGUUCUAUUCUCCAAUUAAUAAUAACUUUGCGAAAAUAAUAUAUAUUCCGGCGUGACGAAGAGAGAUUAAAGAACUGCUGGUUCAGUCUCUACAAAUAAUUAACAAACACUCGCACACUCGUUCUUUUUUUGCUCCACUCUCAGGUUUGCAACCGUCCAAUUCUUCCUCUGACUUCCUCGAAUUUCUCGAAGCAUUCUCCAUAUCAUCCCCAAAGAAUCCUUUAGAAUAAUCUCAAGAUGUUGAUUCAUAUUGCGAGCUAAUGUCUUGUCUCGUAAGGAAACUGUCGCUCGUCUUGGUCAAUCGGUAGCCUCGGCUGCAGGGGUGACACUAAGGUCGGCGGGGACGGGGUGGCAAAGGACGGUGCGUGAUAAUCGUACCGGUAAUACGCCAAAGACUCCCAUCGGGUAGGAUGCUGUACCUCGUAAGACGUCGGUGGAGCUGGUGGUGCGGUCGCGUAAUAACCUCCGCUGCCUCCUCCACUACCGCCGUUACUACCACUAACUAUAGAUCGGUCAUUGGGCACGUUGGGCAUCGUGUAGCCGUAUUGCGGCUCCAACAGGCUCUGCAAGUGUCUGAUAUACGUAAUCGCAUGCCGCAGCGACUCGAUCUUGGAGAGUUUCUUGCCGGGCGGUUUGCAGAUCGGUAGCUUCGAUCGCAACAGUUCAAAUGCACGAUUCAUGUCGCGCAUGCGAGUGCGCUCGCGAUCACACGCCGACUUCUUGUAGUCUGAAAUCGUUAAUUACACCCGCGGGUUAACGACGGUUCUUGCUCGGCCGCGUAUUCGUCGUUGUCGACGACGACGACGACGUAAUGUCGCGCGAGCGCAACUUGCUCGAACGAAUCGAGCGAGCGAGCGAGCUGAAAUCCAACUUUUUCCGAAGGACGCUUCAGCUGCCGGAUGGAGCUCUGACAAAUUACACGUAUAAACUUUAGCCUCGAGGCGGGGGAUUAGAAAAAUACGAGAGGUACUUCCGUAAAAAUGAAUAUCGCGGUGAAGGUUUUCCUCUUUUAAGUUACCUACGUAUUACAAGCGAUCGUUGCGAGAGUGCGACUAAUUUUUAUCGAGUCGGAAUCCUCGAGAACUUAUUCGAGAGACAUUCAGAAAGAAAAAGAAAGGAAAAACAAAGAAGGACUAAGCGUGAUCCUUUAUUCUAUGUGUCGACACGAACAACACGCGGAUAUUACGAGCAUAAAUUUCGAAUGUUCAUUCUAUAAAAUGUCUGAGAAAAAUA